AUGGCAGUCUUCAACCAGUUGUUGCUCUUUUCCUGCUUGGUGCCGCUGGCUCUGAGCUCCCCUUUCUUCCCUCCAACAUGCUACUCUAAGGUGCUGAGCAUGGCACGGGAGAUCACCCAGUGGGCUGCACACCUGAAGAGGGACUAUGAAACUGGUUACUGCAUGGCCCACAUGCCGGAUCUCUACCUUGAUGUCCAUAAUGCGUGUGUGAUCCACAAAAUGAGGACCUACAUCUCCCUGAUAGAGGAACUGCGACAGCGGCGCUGCGCCUACACCAGAGACGUGAGGAAGCUGGGGUCUACUCUGAGACAGCUCUUGAUCUUCAUGUCGGAGAAAUGUCAUGGGGACUUGGUGUUCACCAGCUAUGACUGUGCAGCAUUGGAGCGCUAACAUCUAUAAGGCCAAUGUUACAGCCUGCUCAGAGAGACCCUUACAGUCUCUCUAUGUACAUCCUUUGAACACCUGCAAUAAUUGGGGCAAUAGUAGCCUAGCGGUUUAUUGUGUGUGCCCCAUGUACGGAGGCAUCGUCCUGCAAGCGGAACAUGGCAACAAAACAUCUGCCAUGAUUGACAGGCAAAAUUUAUAUUUCACUUAAAUGUAUCAUUACUUUAAUCAUCUUUUUUUUAACACGUAUUACCAAAACAUAUCCUCUGUUUUCUGACUUUGGGAACAUUUCAUGUAAUAAAUGUAUUAAAAUGCC